GAUACAGACAGUAACAGCAGUAGCCAUAUCCUCAAAAUUAUCUGUUUAUUACUGAACAAAAAUAUCAUCAUAAACCCCUGCAAAAUCCCUCUUCCUCUUCCAACCCCACCCACCCCCUCCUCAUACAGAGCAACCAUAGAUACAUAGAAUUGUUAAUAAUGCAAGCUGCAAUCUUUUCAUUCAGUGCUCCACCUCCGCUUCUGCCUCCCAAUUUCUCUCCUAUUUCCUUGAAAACCCACCAACCCAACACUCUCUUCUUCACCUCUACCAUUAGCAACCGACCCUCUAUCCUCUCAACUCAUACGCUCCCAAGAAAGCUUAUUUGCAAACCCCCUGCGGGAAAGUAUCUCAGUGAUGACUAUCUUGUGAAAAAGAUAUCUUCAAAGGAAGUUCAAGAAUUGGUGAAGGGAGAGAGGAAUGUACCACUGAUCAUUGAUUUCUAUGCCACAUGGUGUGGCCCUUGCAUUUUGAUGGCCCAAGAACUUGAAAUGCUUGCGGUUGAGUAUGAAAACAAUGCAAUAAUCGUGAAGGUUGAUACUGAUGACGAAUAUGAAUUUGCACGUGAUAUGCAGGUUCGAGGAUUGCCCACAUUGUAUUUCAUCAGUCCUGACCCAAAUAAAGAUGCUAUUAGGACGGAAGGGCUCAUCCCGAUACAAAUGAUGCGGGAUAUACUCGACAAUGAAAUGUGAAGUAAUAGGGAACAUGUUAUAGCUUCAGAAAAGUUAAAUCAUUCUUGCUCUUGCAGCAUUGUCACAGGCCUUGAAGAAGUUGUUUAAAACCAAGGCAAUUCUUCAAAGAAUCGUUGCAGCAGAGUGGGUUCUAUCAUCUUAUGGAAAUUUUAGAUUUUCAUUUGUUCUCUUUAGUAUAGUUGGAAACAGAUUAGGCAAGAUUUUCGUUGCUUCCUCUUGAUUCUGAUUCUUGUAGAAGUGUUUGUAGUAAUUUGAGGUACAUCAGACAAGUAACUGUUUGUACUAAGAUCAGCCCAGUUUGCUAUAAAUCUACCAAAUUUUGCUCA